GUGUUGGCGGAGGAUCCUGAUGGCGGACAGAGGAGGGAAUAAAAGCACCUGAGAUCGAUCCCUGCUGUCACUGACUCCCCGGGGCAGAGAUGUCGGAGAGCGGCCCCCCCGGCGAGCCCUCCGCCCCCCUCCCCAGCUCCACCCUGCCCCCGCCGAGGACCCGCAUCUUCAAGAUCAUCGUGAUCGGCGACUCCGGGGUGGGAAAGACCUGCCUGACGUUCCGCUUCUGCGCAGGAAAGUUCCCCGACAAGACCGAGGCCACGAUCGGAGUGGACUUCAGGGAGAGGCUGGUGGACAUCGACGGAGAGACCAUCAAGAUCCAGCUGUGGGACACGGCGGGCCAGGAGCGCUUCAGGAAGUCCAUGGUGCAGCACUACUACCGGAACGUGCACGCCGUGGUGUUCGUGUACGACGUGACCAACGCGUCCAGCUUCCGCGGCCUCCCCGCCUGGAUCGAGGAGUGCCGGCAGCACGCCCUCGGCUCCGAGGUGCCGCGCAUCCUGGUGGGCAACAAGUGCGACCUCCGGGACUCGGUGCAGGUGGGCACGGACGUGGCGCAGCAGUUCGCCGACUCGCACUCCAUGCCGCUGUUUGAGACGUCGGCCAAGAGCCCCGGCGGCGGGGGGGAGGACGGCCGCGGCAGCAGCGACCACGUGGAGGCCAUCUUCAUGACGGUGGCCCACAAGCUGAAGUCCCAGAAGCCCCUGGUGCUCAGCCAGCCGGCCGAGACGGCGGCGGCGGGCGCCGUCAACCUGAGCAGGGGGCGGGAGGAUGGAGGAGGCGGGGCCAGGGGCUGGGGCUGCAGCAGCUGCUGAGGAGGGGGCGGAGCCUGUUACUCACGCUUGUGCUCGACUUUAUAUGAGACUACUUCUAAUCCGAUGGGAGGAUUAGAACUGACGCAGAAUCAUUUCCACCAACCGCCGAUGAUCCUGAACAACACACACCUGCAGGGGGCAGGCAAACACCACAACACACACACACUUAGGCUGAAUCCCAUUUCACCCCUUAGCCCUUCCCCUUGGCCCUUCCCCUUAGCCCUCCGCCUAUGAA